AUGUUGUCAGUGUCCUGCCUUGGAAGAUAUCGUCCAUGCUCUAUAGACAACAAUAAGAACUGGCAGCGCUCCGGAGCCACCACUGGCGGCCCCACUGGAACUGGUGGCGCCGCCAAAGCCGCCAGAACUAGCUCCACUGGAGCUUGUGGCACCGCCAGCGCCGCCGGCUCCGAAACCUCCACCGGCUCCCCCAAGACCUCCAAAGCCGCCAACACCGCCAGCGCCGCCUGCUCCCCCGCUGAAGCCUCCGCUACCAGACCCUCCGACACCACCGUGGAAACCUCCACUACCGCCGCCAAGUCCUCCGGCUCCGCCGCUGAAGCCUCCGCCAGCAGAACCUCCACCAAGACCGCCGGCGCCGCCAGUGAAACCUCCGCUGCCUCCCGCUCCGCCACUGAAACCUCGCCGGCUGCCCCUCCUGAGCCCCCGCCGAAACCUCCGCCAUGACCGGCUGCGCCGCCGCCGAAGCCUCCGCUACCUCCCGCUCCGCCACCGAAACCUCCGCCGGCUGCCCCCUGAUCCGCCGCCGAAACCUCCGCCG